AUGCUCGACACGAUUGUGGUCGUGGAUGGCGCUCCGAUUGUGAGCGAGAAGAAGGUGGACGCGCUGUCGAAGGUGCUCAAGAAGCUGUUCUCAGAGGCCGGACGGAUCCGCGACGACACGUUCUACAUGCCAUUGAACGAGGAGGGAAAGUCCAAGGGAUAUGUGUUUAUCGGAUUCGAGACUCCUGAGCAGGCCGAUCGUGCGAUUCGCGGGUUGAACAACAAGAGACUUGACGCGAAGCACACGCUGCUUGUGAACCGCUUCACCGACAUUGAGCGCUACGGCGAGGACGAUGAGGAGGAGGUUUACGAGGAGCCUGUUGAGGAGGAGUACCACGAGCAGGAGUACUUGCGCGAUUGGUUGAAGGAGCCGAACUGCGUUGAUCAGUUUGUGCUCCACCGCAACGAGACGGUGGGCGUGUACUGGAACCGCCGGGGCGAGCACCCGGAGACGAUUGUGUCGCGUGAAAAGUGGACGGAGACUUAUGUUGCGUGGUCGCCGCUGGGAUCGUACCUUUGCUCUGUGCAUCGCCAGGGAGUCCAGCUCUGGGGCAGCAACGCGUAUGAGCGCAAGCAGCGGUUCAUGCACCCGGGCGUGCAGCUGCUUGACUUUUCGCCGUGCGAGAACUACAUUGUGACGUGGUCGCCGGAGCCGAUCCAGAUGAUUCCGGAGGACUCGCCGAUGCGGGCGCAGUUCCCGUUCACGCCUGCGGACGAGGGCAAGCAGAUUGUUGUGUGGAACGUUAAGACUGGAUUGCCGGUGCGUACGUUUUCUGCAGCGGUUGCGGCCGAGAACGAGGCGGGCGCGGGACCGGCGGGGCCGAAGAAGAUCUCGUGGCCGGCGUUCAAGUGGACGUCUGACGACAAGUACCUUGCGCGAUGUGUGCAGGGGCAGCAGAUUUUUGUGUACGAGACGCCCGGGAUGGGACUUGUUGACAAGAAGUCGAUCAAGAUUGACGGAGUUGUUGAUUUCGAGUGGUCGCCGGCGACGAUGAGCAGCGGGACGAGCAAGAAGACAGAGGAGCAUGUGCUGUCGUUCUGGACUCCAGAGAUGAACAACCAGUCUGCGCGAGUGACGUUGAUGACGAUUCCGUCGAAGGAGGUUGUGCGCACGCGAAACUUGUUUAAUGUUGCGGACUGCCGGCUGCACUGGCAGAGCCAGGGCGACUUUUUGUGCGUGAAGGUUGUGCGAUUCACAAAGACGAAGAAGGCGACGUUUACGAACUUGGAGUUUUUCAGACUGCGGGAGAAGAACAUUCCGAUUGAGGUUGUCGAGUUGAAGGACACGGUGAUGAACUUUGCGUGGGAGCCAGCUGGAGACCGACUUGUGAUUAUCUCUACGUCUGAUGCGCCGGCGGCGGCCCCAACUUUUGUUUCGUUUUACGGACUUGAGCGAUCGAAGGGCGUGAACGGACAGUUUAGACAGGUUGCGUCGGUUGAGCGCAAGUCGUCGAACUCGAUUUUCUGGUCGCCAAAGGGCCGAUUUGUUGUUGUUGCGUCUGUCGGCGGUACGUCGAACAACACCGGCGAGCUCGACUUUUGGGACUUUGACUUUGAGGGCGAGCGCAAGGAGGUUGCGGGCGCGGAGGAUGUUCCCGCAAACCUUGUGCUGAUGUCUACGGGCCAGCAUUACCAGCUGACGGAUAUCGCGUGGGACCCCACCGGACGGUUUGUGGCCACGUCGAGUUCUACGUGGGGACGCGCGCUGGAGACGGGAUACCGGGUGUGGGACCUUAAGGGCACGCUUGUGCGGGAGGAGCAUCUUGAGCGGUUCAAGCAGUUCUUGUGGCGUCCGCGCCCGCCUACGUUGCUGAGCAAGGAGCAGAUGCGGGAGGUGCGCAAGAACCUGCGUGAGUACAGCAAGGUGUUUGAGCAGGAGGAUCUUGCGGAGGAGUCGCAGGCGAGCAAGGAGCUGAUUGCGCAGCGGAUCCGGUUGCUGGAGGAGUGGCGGGCGUGGCGGAAGGCGGUUGUUGCGGAGUUGGAGGCCGAGAGAGGCGGGGUUGUUCCACUUGCGCAGAGGGGGUCUGAGAAGGAGGACGAGGUUAUUGAGCGGAUUGUGGAGGAUAUUGUGUCUGAGAAGGAGGAGAUUAUUGAGUAG